CACGCCGUGGCGUUGGUUCGCCUCCACGCACACACGCCCCCCUCAUUUCCGCUCCACCUUCCUCCCCUCGCCUACCUCCUCUCUCCCGUCUCUCUCCUCCACGCCUCCGCUCCCCUUUUCUCGCAGCUGAGGUGGUCAGUGGCCAUGACGGAGGCGGACGCGUGCGGCGGCGGGGUGGCGGCGGCGGCGCUGGAGGAGGAGGCGGCGGGCAUCAUCUGCUCGCUCCGCGAGGGGGACCUCGCCGGGUGGACGCCGCCGUGGAAGAGCACGCCUGGUCCGUACGACGCCGCCACGACGAAGGAGGAGGUGAACGAGAAGGCCUGGCCGACGGUGACGCGAGGGAAGCGGUCCCGUUCGUCGCGCCGCCGCUCGCCGUCGGGCUCCGUCUCCGGCUCCGCGGCCAAGGGCCGGUGGGCGCGAGGCAGCCCGGCGUCCCCGCUCGACUACAGCGGCGGCGGCUGCGGGUCCGGCGCGUCCACCAGCGGCGGCGAGGACGGCGCCUUCUGCUCGCCGCCGGCCGUUGCCGUGCCCACGCCGGUCCAGCCAUCUUCUACCUCCUCGGCCAAGCAGGCGGCAUCUGCCGGAGCACGGCGCGCGCUGAUCCUCCCGGUGCCCGCGACGGUGUUGCAGCCCCGGCCCGCCGGACAGCGGUCGCGGAAGAAAAUGAGGCUCCCGGAGGUGCAGCAGCUGGUGCAGUCCCUGGCGGCCGAGAACGACGGCCUUCGACAGGAGAUGCAGUUGCUGCGGAGAGCCUGCACGUCCCUCUCGAAGGAGAACAGCACGCUAGAGACAAGGUUGGAGCAUUCUUCCUCGAGCAAGCGGAAGAGGAUUGGGUCCGAAGAGCAGCAGCAACAAGCCAAGCCUCGAGCAUCCGAGCGCAGCGCCGCCACGAACGGCUUCGUGCUGCCGGAUCUGAACAUUCCGGCGCAGGACAUCACGGACGGAUCAGCGGUGGCGGCUCCAUGACGGCUGGCUCCGGGAUCCGGGCCAUUUCCGGUGGUGGUGCCUGAGUGCUAACCUCAUAAGUUUAUUAACCGUGUAUAGGGGGAAAGCCGGCUAGAAGAUGAACUGGUUUUACUACCUUGCCUGAUAAGAAAGGUUCUCUUUUUUUAGUUUUGACUUGAGUUUCUGUACCCGUGGGGAUUCUUCUGUAUCAAUGAUGCAGAGAGGGGAGUUUAUGUAGCUCUAGGUAUAGUCCGUGUUGCUUGGUUCCUGUAAACAAAACGCAGUACAUUAGGGAAGCUGUUGAUAUUGUUUCGUCCAA